UAUUAUCAUCUACUCCACCAAAAACAGCCCCUACGCCUUGUCUGUUUCAUAGUUAAUGCUGUAUCCGUGACUCUUCUCUGUCUCUUGCUUCCCCCGUCUCUGUCUCGUAACUCGUUUACACCGCCAUUUUUAAUUUCACUCUCUUGUUUUUGUUCUCACGAUGCUGCCUUGAACGACAAAUAAAUACCCACAUUUCAUGGCAACUACCACAGCUACUCACCUUAAACUCCAACCUAAGAAACCUAAACGCCGUAAAUGCCGUGAAACUACCAUCUCCUCCUCUGCCUCCGCUACUUCUGCCAACAAUACUGACCCGACGUCCACCGGGUCCUGGCCCCGUAAUCCGAGCCGGAAAAUUGACCCGCCCACCGUUGUCUCCGCGGACAACUCCUCGUCUUGUCUGGCUACUAAACCCAUACAUUCAGCGAACACGAGUACGAAAGAACCCGAUUCGCCGGAGACAGUCAAGAUCCGAUUCUCUCCUGGCAGUCUAUCACCGGUCAUGGACUUCACCGGCACCUCCACCACUACGACGUACAGUAAUGGGCAUCACUCUCCGAAUGAUUCUUCAUCGUUCCCUUCGAGUUUCUCGAAGUUCAACUCUGCACUCACUGCGGGUCUCCUAAACCCGAUGUCCCCUCCGCUUCCGUCCUACAAGAUGGCCCGAUCCAGCCCGACCCUUUUCGAAAUGAUGGCGAGCGAGCCCGAUGUACAGCCCAGAACACACCAGAUCGCCACACCCAACUCCUCCAGACCGCCUCUUCCGCUGCAAAUUUCAGCUCAGGAUAAGCAGAACUUGAUAAUGCAGCGAAUAACGGAUCUAUUGGUGACUAGGAGUCCCGGGAAUCAGUUCAACGAUGCGAGCUCCGGUGAUGUUAAAUUGACUCUGAGUUCUAAAGAUGGAAUCAGUGUUUCCAUGAAUGUGCACAGGCAGAUCCUGGUGGCGCAUAGCUCGUUCUUCGCCAUGAAGUUGUCGGAUCGGUGGGCCAAACAGCAGAGAGGAUCUUUGCCGUACGUUGUGGAGAUUGCGGAUUGCGAUGAUGUGGAGGUUUACAUCGAGACUCUGAGGUUGAUGUACUGUAGGGAUCUGAGGAGGAAGCUCAUGAAAGAGGAUGUUUCCAGAGUUCUUGGUAUUUUGACAGUUUCAGCCGCUAUUGGAUUUGACGCUGGGGUAUUGUCUUGUCUGGAAUUCCUAGAAGCUGCACCAUGGGCUGAGGAUGAAGAAGAGAAGGUGGCUUCAUUGUUAUCGGAGCUAAGGCUUGAAGGAGUUGGGGCAGGAGAGGUCUUAAAGAGAGUUUCUGUUGAGGCAAGCAAUGUAGGUGAAGAGGGUAGUGACAAUGAAGAAGUUCUUCUCAAACUUUUGCAUGUAGUACUUGAAGGCAAAGAUGAGAAGGCCAGGCGUGAGAUGAAAGGUCUGUUGUCAAAAAUGCUUCGUGAGAAUUCUUCUCAGAUUGAUCUCCGAAAGGAGUCCUUGUACUCAGCUUGUGAAGGGUGCUUGAAAUUGCUUCACCACAACUUCCUUAGGGCAGCACGAGGGGAUUUGGAGGAUGUUGGUCAGAUUGCACGGCAGGCUGACAAUUUGCACUGGAUUUUGGAUAUAUUGAUUGAUAGGCAGAUAGCUGAGGGUUUUCUGAAUAAAUGGGCUUCUCUGUCUGAGUUGUCUGAUGCACAUUCAAAAGUUCCAGCUAUUCAUCGAUAUGAAGUUAGCAGAGUUACAGCAAGGUUAUUUGUUGGUAUUGGAAAGGGGCAGAUGCUGGUUUCAAAGGAUGUGAGGUGCUUGUUUCUACAGACUUGGCUGGUGCCAUUUUAUGAUGAUUUUGGGUGGAUGAGAAGGGCAUGCAGAGGUCUUGAUCGACACUUGAUUGAGGAGGGUCUUAGCAGCACAAUUCUCACCUUGCCUCUUGCUUGGCAGCAGGAUAUUUUUCUUGCUUGGUUUAAUCGGUUCUUAAAUUCUGGUGAUGAUUGCCCAAAUAUACAAAGAGGAUUUGAAAUCUGGUGGAGGAGGGCUUUCUGGAGACGUAAUGGUGAGCAGGAACAGACACGGCCUUUACGAAUAACGACUGCGACCAUUGAGAACUAAUAUCGCACUAGAUUCCACGACGCCAAAUAUGAUGGCGCUUGAUUGGUUAGUCUACCUUUUCAUGAUCUUUCGUGUGUAAACUUCACAACUAUGGUUCCUUUCUAACUCCUUCCUUUUUAAACAAGGAUUGAGAAAUUCUGUGUGGUUUGUCAAAAUGUUGUGAAGGGUGGUCAAAAUAUUGGGAAGGUGGUUCAUUUGUUUGGUAUAGUAAAGAUAUUGCCAGGUUUAGCCUGGAAGAAUAGAUCCCCAUGAAAAACUUGUAUACAUUUUGUUGAAGAGAAGCCUCCGUAUACUAAUUUAGCAUGAUGAUGAAGUAGAUUCUUUUUCGUAUAUGUUAAGCUUUCUUUUCUUA